AUGGUCUCCUGCCUCGGCUUCCCAUCUCGCCUUCCAUCGAGCCUCUUUGACAUGCUCGCCAUCCGCACACACGGCGAUGCCUUCUUCCGCAACCUCACCGCCGGUGCCAUCUCGCUCACAGACCCGCGCGUCGUCGCCAUCGUCGACGACAUCGCCUCUCUUGCCGACGUCCACCACUACUCCGCCGCCGCCACCGAGCUCCAACUUUCGCCGGCAGACCUUUCGUCGUACCGCAGCCUUGCCCUCGGCCACAGCCUCAUGGUCUGCGCUGUCCUCGCCUCCAUCUUUGCUCUAUGCGCUCCCAAAGCCUCCAUCGCCGGCCCGACUGCGCUCGACCUCGCGCGCUUCGCCGCCGACCCGGCCACUCUCGCCGCUCUCCUCGACGCCAAUCCCGACCGCAUUCCGCUCACCUCAUCGCUCGCUACGCACCUCACCUCCGCCAACCUCCAGAGCCUCGCUGCCAUCGUGUCCUCGGCCUCGGCACUCCUUCAGCACUCGGCCGUCUUUAUCGGAUCGACCUCGCUCACAACGGCCUGGAACGCCUUUCACAGCAACAUGUUUCUCGCUCAGGCCUCACUCUCCUCGCCCCUCGUCCGCACCGAGGCCCUCGCCGAUCUCGAAGCUCUGCGGCUCGAGUCGGUCCUCGCCCAGGUCGCACCGCCGCGCAUUACCCACGACUCGGGCUCGUACCACACCCGCAUCUCCGUAGGCAUUUACUCGCCCACCGCCAACGCCGUCAUCCACUACACCCUCGAUGGCUCGCUGCCCUCGCACACCUCACCGCGCCUCGCCUCGCCACUCCUGCACAUCGACCGAGAUGGGAACGUUGCCCUCCGUGCCAUCGCCAUCGCCCCGGGCUCGCUCCGUCGCCUCCCGUCCCUGCAAGCCGCCACUUCGUCGUCUUCAGUCGUCCUCGCUGCCGAGGAGGCCAACUCGUGUGGCCCCAACUUGGUCGACGACAACAUUUGCCUCCGUCCCAGCGACGUGGAAUGCCUCCAUCUUGUCGGUUCGGGCUCCUUUGGUGCCGUCUACACAGGCUCCUGGUCUGGCACCUCGGUCGCCAUCAAGCACCUCCGCCUCGCGCCCGCCGCCGCAUCCUCGCCGGGCAUCGUCGACGCCAUCAUCCAAGAGGUCGGCACGCUCGCCGCCAUCACCGCCCCAAACGUCGUCCACAUCCUCGGCGCCCUCCAAACCCCGCUUGCCAUCGUCUCAGAGUUUGCCGAGCGCGGCUCGCUGGCUGCCAUCCUCACCUCCAAUCACACCAUUCUCGACGCCUCGAUCAUCUUCAAGUGGGCCAACGACAUUACCGCCGGCCUCGCCGCCCUCCACGCCGCUGGCGUUGUUCACGGCUCGCUCAAUCCGCGCAACGUGCUCCUCGACUCCAACUGGGUUGCAAAGCUCGCAGACUAUGGUCUUGCGCCUGCAAAGGGCGACCUCUCGCUCGUCGCCGCCUCACACGCCUUCGUCACCUCGACCCGGAAACUCCCGCCCGCCACCACCGAUCAACUUGCCAACACCUGCCACUCGUCGCGCUCUAAUCCUGGCGGCCCACCUCUUCACCGCUCCUCGCGCUCGGGUCAGUCGAGCGUUUUCGCCUCGCACGACUUGCUUGACUCGUCCAUCACCUCGGCCGCGCUGGGCGAUUCAACUCUCGUCUCGAUUCCAGAGUACCCAGUAGGCGACGUCUCGGACCUCUACUACGCCGCGCCCGAGGUCAUCGCCAAUGGCCGCGCCGCCGUCUCCAAAGCCUCUGAUCUCUUUGCCCUUGCAAUCACGCUCUGGGAACUCACGUCGCGUCGCCGUGUCUACGCCGACCAGAACCCGCUAGCCGUCGCCGUCGAAGUCGCUCGGGGUGCCCGGCCGCCGCUAGAGGACAUCCCGCCGACCUUUGCGCUCCUCGGCAACGUUACCUCGGGCCUCUGGGCCCAGAGCCCGGACGAGCGCCUCCCGCUCACCGACGCGCUCUCUCUCAUGGCUGAUCUCUUUGAUCCAGAAGUAGUCAUCUUCCCAUCCGAGCCGCAAGCUCCCUUUGGCUCCAUCCUCGCCGUCAAGGUCAUCUUUCCGCAAGCCCUCUCGCUCCUUGCCGCCAACCCGGGGCUCUGCCAUUCAGCACUUGUCGAAUCACUCACCAUGGUCGUCGACACCGUCGAGGCCGCCGCCGGCUGCGUUCUUGCGUCCCAUCCGACUUCGGUCUUAUUCUCGCUCCACAACCCGUCUGACGUUCACCCCAUCGCCCUCGCUCUGCACGCUCGCUCCCCGACUGUCGGUCCGCCUGUUCUGCUUGCUGUCCGUGGCGUCAUCGAGACGACCCGGUCUUCUCAUGGAGAGUACAAGCUGGGUGGCGCGGUAAUCGACGACCUUCUCAACCUCGAAUCCAGGGUCGUCGCCGCUCCCGCCUCGCUCCCGUCCGAAGGCUGCUUGGCUCUCGUCGCCGACAGGCUCGCCGACGAACUCAAGCGCGCCCAUGCCGCCUCGGGCACUGCCAUCUCGCUCAUUUCCCCGCCACCCGCACUCGCCUCGCUGCAUCCUCCGAUCUUGCGCAUCGAGCUCCCCGCCGUCGUCGCGCCGAGCUUGAAUAUCAACUCGACCGGCUCGUCCAUGAGCAAGACAUCAACCACCCUGGAGACCCCGCGGACAUUGCUCUCGGAACGCGUCUUGUCAUCGGGCAAGCCGCGCUCUUCCUUCGGCUCCUCCGGCUUGAACGACACCACCUUGCUCUCGCACGAGCUUGUCACCACCUCUACGCUCGCCGCCGUCGCCUUUCUCUCCGGCGCCGCGACGGAGAAGCUCAUCCGUGGUGCCUCGCGCCCAGUCCGCGGCUCGUACGCCAACCUACGCCGGACUCGCUGGCAGACUCAGAGUGUGGUCGUCAAGCACCUGGUCACCCAGUCGUUUUCCAACCAGGAGCUCCUCGCCAUUGCCGCAGAUGUGGCGUCGGCUACCAUCGCGGGCUCGGCCUCCAAGUGCCUCUCGCCGCCACUCGCUCUCUGCAUCGAGCCGCCCAACGUCGCUAUCAUCUUCCCCCGCCUCCGCUACUGUACCCUCCGGACCAUGGCCGUCCAUCCGGACGUCGUCCGCGCCCGCUACCCGUCGCUCCUUGUGCCGUCGCUCGACAUUGUGUGCGCGCUCGGCACCGCCCUCAUCGACGCCAUCGAGGCGCUGCACAUGGCUACCGGCGCCGCCCACGGCGCUCUCACGCCGUCCAACGUCUCGAUCGUCCUCUCCUCCUCGGGCUUCCCCACUCGCGUCAUCCUCUCGGACUUUGGCCUCGCCGCCAUCCGAAGGCUUGUCGGCCCCAAGUGUAUUCUCCCGUCCGCGUCAUAUGCCUCACCCGAGGUGCUCUCGGGCAAGACCAUAGCCAAGCAGGCCGACACCUUUACCUUUGGCUCCAUGCUCUACCAAAUCGCCUGCGGCCAGCCCGCCUUUACCGGCAACAACGAGACCGUCACCGCCGCCCGGGUCAUCGCCGGCGACCACGCCCCGAUUCCGUCCAUGAUCCCGGAACCACUCGCCCGACUCAUCAUCGACUGCUGGGCGCCUAUCCCGGAGCGCCGACCCACCCCGUUGGUCAUCCGCCACACCCUCUCCAACGUCUGCGCCCAGGCGCUUUCCACCGAUUGGCUCCUCUUCACCACCACUGUCUACAACCUCGGCGGCUGGUUCGCCCCGGGCUCAUCGCCAUGGCUCCAACUUGUGGUCCUCUCGGCCAUCAUGUCGGACGACUCGGAUGCUGGCGCCGCCGUCCUUGGCGAAGACGGCGUUGGCCUGCUCCUAGGUGACGUCGGCCUCUGCUCGGUCUAUCCUGCCCUGGAAGAGCGUGAUCCUCCCGCCGAUGCCGGAGGCAGUGGCGGCCUCGUCGUCGCCAGCCUGCCCAGCUCCACGCCUGUCGGCGUCAUCGAGUGGCUUGCUGCCGAGGCCGCAAACUCAUGCGCUACCGAGUCGUAUGACGUCCUUGUCCUCCGCAACCUCUUUGUCCUGCCGAGCUACACCAACCAUGCAGUGCCGGCAAGUCUAGUCGCUGCUGCGAUCGACGCGUAUGCGGCGCAGGCGGCCAGCGGCAAUGCCGAAGCCGCACCUGCGGGCCUUCUGCCUGCCGCGGUCGCCGUUGUGCCCGACGUUGCGGGCCAGCGCGCCUCGCGCAUUGCCCGCCUCGCCUCUCGCAUCCCGCUCCUCCGCCAGGUCUCGGUCCGGCAGACCAAGAUCCAUGUGUACGCGCUCCCGCACGACCUUGCCGCCGCUGCCUGGCAACUCAUCGCCUCGCACCGCGCCGAGCCGCUCGACUCCCAGCUCCUUGCCGUCUUUCCGCCGCCGCGGACCGAGAUCCUUCGCGACGCCACCGACGCCCCAGUCGAGGUUGUCCACCUCGCGUGGCAUGCGUCGCACGUCCCCGCCGACGGCUCCGCUGUCGCCGAGCCCGUCGACGACGCCAUUCACCUGUUGGCACUGCCGGCCGGCGAUUCGCUAGAGACACAGCUCCUCGACGACUUUCCACAAGCCCGCACUACGGUCUCGCUCGCCAUCGGCCUCUCCAUCGGCCUCGACGACUCGGACUUUACCUGGUACUCGUCGGCUCUCAUGUUCUGA